CGGCAUAACACUUCAGUCUCUCAGGCACAUCCAUCAGUUAAUCUCCUUCCACCUCAUCUCUACAUCAAUAAAUCUUCUAUCAAUAUGCCCAACACUCUUGGUAACGGUGAAUGGCUUUUAGUUGGCCAGAGCCUUUGGAGUGAGAAUGGCGAGACGGAGCUCAAAAUGCAGCACGAUGGGAAGAUUGCGGUUUACGUGAACGCUGAAUGUGUUUUCCAGAACACAGCCGACCAGAGAAACGAUGUUAAGGGGAUCAAGAUGCAAGAGGAUGGGAACCUUGUUAUGUACGAUGUCAACGGCACUGCCAUCUGGCACACCAAUACCGCAGCACCAGCUGGCGACAGCACAACUGUCUGUGCUGUGCAGAAUGAUGGUAAUAUCGUUCUAUACAAGGGCACACCUCUCUGGGCCAGUAACACUGGACAUUAAUUUCUUCAACGUUAAAAUGUCCAAGGGCUCAUGUGAUACGACAACGAGAAGACUUGGAUGAUGGAAAAAACGGACGCUUGGCUUGGGGGUUGUACCCACUCACUGCAUUAUGUACAUAUGAAUGCAAACAGACCCUUGAACAAUGCUGAGUACCUUGAUGGCUAUA